AUGAAACAAGUUACAUUUAGCUCCAAAGAGGAUGCAUCGUCAUAUUUGGCAAAGUACAUUAUUGAUAGAAUCAACGAAUUUGCACCAACAGCAUCCAAGCCAUUCGUUCUUGGUCUUCCAACUGGCUCAUCUCCUGAAGGUGUAUAUGGAAAGCUAAUUGAGGCAUACAAACAAGGAAAGAUCUCGUUCAAAAAUGUGGUAACAUUUAAUAUGGAUGAAUACAUCGGAUUAAAACCUUCGAAUGAACAGUCGUACCAUUAUUUCAUGUUUAAUAAAUUCUUCAAUCAUAUUGACAUACCCAGAGAAAAUAUUAACAUAUUGAAUGGUUUGACUAAGGAUAUUGAAGGUGAAUGUCGUAGGUAUGAGGCCAAGAUCAAGAGUUUGGGGCGCAUCAAUCUCUUUAUGGGCGGAUUGGGACCAGAGGGCCAUUUAGCGUUCAAUGAAGCUGGAUCAUCUAGAGAGUCGGUCACAAGAAAGGUUGAAUUGGUCGAUUCAACGCUUCAGGCUAAUUCUAGAUUCUUUAAUAACAACAAAUCUCAGGUUCCGUCGCAUGCAUUAUCUGUGGGGAUCUCCACCAUUUUGGAUAAUUCUGACGAAAUUGUUAUUAUUGUGUUAGGUAAAAAUAAAAAGUUUGCAUUAGAAAAGACUCUAUAUGGUGCAAAAAAUGAUGCUAAGUAUCCAUCUUCGUAUUUGCAAGAUCACCACAAUGUGAUGGUGGUUUGCGAUAAUGAGGCUGCUGGCCUUAGAGCGAAGUUGUAA